GGCUCCCCAUUCACUCUAUAUAUCUACAAUAUCCCGUUUUUCUUUCUUCUCUCAUCUUCCACAUACACACCCUUCAAUUAAUAGUAAAUCACUAUGGAGCUUCAUUUGAGUCUCGCUCUCUUCACUUCUCGUGCCUACGAUGAUUCUACCAAGUCUCAUUUCCCUAAUAAGAAACGUAGUUUUUCCGAACAUGCAGAAGAAACGUCUACUAACACCAACGGAUCAGAUGUUAUGUUUCCUACUCUUUCUCUCCUACCGUUAACUCCUGGCCACUCAGAUCAUCAACACUCCAGUCACAGUUCCACUUCCACCAUCACCAAGACUAGUAACGGUGAGGAUGAUGAAGAACCUCUCGUGGGUUGGCCUCCGGUUUAUUAUAGGAGGAAGAAACUUCGUUAUAAUGAGGAUCACGUGAUGUCAAGGAACUACGUGAAGGUGAAGAUGGAGGGUGUAGGAAUAGCUCGAAAAGUUAAUCUUAGCUCGCACCAUUCAUUUCACACUCUCAACCAAACUUUGAUGAACAUGUUUGGAAAAUGUGAUGAUGAUCAAGAGUAUGAACUGGUUUAUCAAGACAAUGAAGGUGACUGGCUUCUUGCUCAAGAUGUUUCAUGGAGAAGUUUCAUUGAGUGUGCCCAACGCCUCAAAUUGUUCAAGAGCAGAGGAUAACUCAACCCAAACCUUCUGUCUUGUUUCUAACUAUAUAUUAAUUAAUGGCCACUUUUUGUGUUAACAGUAUGUAUCUAAAGGAGUAGUUGGAUAUUUAUAUCCCAACUUCUGAGUUGUUAUGUAAAUAUAUAGUACUAAUAGUAUAGUUGGAUCAUUAUUUUUUGUCUGUCGAUCCUCGAAAUCAAGAAUUCAAUUCAUGAUUAGUGAUGUACGGAGAAUUGGCAUUUUUAGUGGUGAAAACUUAGAGCAUCUUUAGUGGUGGAAACAUAAGAGCAUUUUUAAUGGAAGAAUUUUUUUUCCCGCA